AUGGCUUCAAAUCCGUCGGAGGACUACGCCGGCGGCGUCUUCUAUCCCUCCUCCUCCUUUUCCGCAGCUGUUGCUCCGCCCGAACCCGGGAAGUCUCGGCCGGAAACCCUAACCACAACCGUCGAGGUGGCCAUCGAUUUAGAAGAUGGAGCAACAAGCGAGGCAGAGAAAGAUGCGGCGUACAGCAUGGCGAUCGAGGUUACGGUAUUGGGAAGUGAGAAUCGAGGUUUCGUCGCCACGGUUGAUGCUGGUGCGGCACAUGAAAAGACCAGAGAGUCCGCUGAGAUCGGGCUGGUCGAUGUGAAAACGGUGGAUGAAGGUCACAUUUCUACCGCUGAGGUCGGUGUGGAGGCGGAUGCGGGUGGCGUUGGAGACCAGAAUGUGCAAGUGCAGCGACAAGAACCGUCGGAAAGGAGAAAGAGAGGGCGGCCGCGGCGUUCCACCGUGGAGAACGUCCAACAUGCUAGGUAUUUGCAAUCCUUUCAGGAUGAGCAGAAGGAUGGGUUUGCGGUCUCGGACUUGGUGUGGGGUAAGGUGAGGAGCCAUCCUUGGUGGCCAGGACAAAUAUUUGAUGCCGCAGAUGCAUCAGACAUGGCGUUGGGUGCUCAGAAGGAGGGCCACUUUCUGGUGGUCUACUUCGGCGACAAAACUUUUGCUUGGUGCGAUGAGUCCCACCUGAAGCCCUUCCAGAUGUACUUCACGCGGUUGGAAAAGCAGGAUAGCUCGGAUGUGUUUGGUACUGCAGUAAAUGAAGCAUUAGGAGAGGUUUCUAGGCUUCUAGAGCUGGGAAUGGCAUGCAAUUGCUCCGGUGAUGAAGCUUAUGCUGUUCUUAAGGACAGAAAGGUCGAGAAUGCUGGGGUACGGGAAGGGACGUGCAGUUCUGAUGUUGACAAAUUCUGGAUCGUGAAUUCUUUUGAACCAGGAAAAAUAAUUGACUAUGUGCGGAUGUUAGGUAUAUUCCCAUGUAAUGGCGCUGACAGCCUGGAUCUCGUGAUUGCAAAAGCGCAGUUGAAGGCCUUUCGUCGCUCAGACAGGUAUCUUGAACUCUCUGCAUUUGUCCUGGGCCAAGGGAUAGAGAAUGCUGGUGAGAGUUCGGCAUCUGGUGAAAGAAACUGUGGCAAUGACUUUGAUCUUUCGAUUCCAGUUUCUUCAGAUUCUAGUUCUCAGAAGGAUCAGCUCAGCAGCAGACGAGCAACAUCUGCAAAGAAGAAACAUGUUUCGGAGAAUGGUAGAAAAAAGAAGAGCUUGUCUGAGCUCAUGGACGAGAAAAGCUUCUCUCACAGUACAGAUGGUUGUAGAAGUGGGUCUGGAGUAAGAGACUGUGUGCAUACAUUGGGAAGCAGGCAAGCAGAUGCUAGUUCCCAUCCUGGAUUCUCAGGGAAGAGUAAGAUGAAAAAGCUCGACACUCUGGGGGAUCUGACAACACAGUCUUUAUAUUGUGAUAAACCGCUCAAGAUUCGAGAACGCAUAGGAAGAGUUGAACGAAAGAGGACACAGUCACCUGCUAUGAUAAAAAAGAGUCCAUCUGGUUUGGGACAUAGGAGAAGUGCUGUUCCUGAUGAAACUAAUCUGCGACUGGUGAACCCACGAGUGAAAGGAGAUGACUUAAAGGAUUUCACUCCUUAUGAAAUGCUUUCACAACUGUGCUUAGCUGCAAUUAGUCCCCUCAAAACAUACAGUUUUCUGAAUACAACAGUCAGUUUUUUCACUGAAUUUAGUAAUUGGAUAGUAUUUAGUUCUGAUGAUAACACACUGUCAGAGAUAUUUGGUGGUAAACAAAGAAGGAGAAAAUUGUCAUAUUUUGAGACAGCCACUUUGGAUUUAGCCACACCUGAUUACAUUCAAGAUUCAUAUUGGUCUGAUAUUAUUGUUUGUAGCAACUUUGAUGAAGAACAUGGGUCUGAGGGACCGAAAAGAAAAAGCGAAUCUCAAGUAAAGAGGCAGAAGAAGAGGAAGAAGCCCAAAGAACAACCAGAACUCUUCAUUCCAUCAGGUUCUGUGCCGGAGGCUGAACAAUAUUUGCAGAUUGGUUCAGCUAGCACUGGUAUUGUACAUGAAUUGGAAACUGAAAGUCCUUUAGAUAGUUUAGAAGAAGAUGUCUAUGGUUGCAUUUCCAUUAACCAAGUAUGA